AUGGCGACGCACUCCCACGACGGCGGUCCCUCGCACUCCCACGCGCACAACGGGGCAGCACCCCACGGCCACUCGCACGAGAUCCUCGACGGGCCUGGCUCGUACCUCCACCGUGAGAUGCCCAUCGUGGAAGGGCGCGACUUCUCGGACCGAGCGUUCACCAUCGGCAUCGGCGGGCCCGUCGGGUCCGGCAAGACGGCGCUCAUGCUCGAGCUCUGCCUCGCGCUGCGCAACGAGUACAACAUCGCGGCGGUGACCAACGACAUCUUCACGCGCGAAGACGCCGAGUUCCUCACCAAGCACGGCGCGCUCACGCCGGAACGCAUCGUCGCCAUCGAGACGGGUGGCUGCCCGCACGCCGCCGUGCGCGAGGACAUCUCGGCCAACCUCCUGGCGCUGCAGGGCCUGCACGCCAAGUUCGGCACGGACCUGCUCUUGAUCGAGUCCGGCGGCGACAACCUCGCCGCCAACUACUCCCGCGAGCUGGCCGACUUCAUCAUCUACGUCAUCGACGUCGCGGGCGGCGACAAGGUGCCCCGGAAGGGAGGGCCCGGCAUCACGGGCAGCGACCUCCUCGUCAUCAACAAGUGCGACCUGGCCGUUGCCGUCGGAGCCGACGUCGACCUGAUGGAGCGCGAGGCGAACAAGAUCCGGGAGGGCGGGCCCGUGGUGAGGGCCGUCAUCAAAAACGGCGUCGGCGUCAAGGAGACGGUCGACAUGAUCCUGAGCGCGUGGAAGAGUACCUCCGGGUACAGUGAGAGUAGGAAACGAUGGGCCAACGGUGGACAGAGGGGGAGUGGCGAGCAACCUAAAGUUACUCGGUAG